AUGGAAUACAAUUUAUGUUUUAGCGAUCAAAAAACAAAUGAAGUCAUUUUGACUGCUUUAAAAGAUUUGGAAAAUACGUUUUUUAUCAAGCAUUCAGAUUCUGAAGAGAGUUUUGAAUUAGAUAAUAACAAUAAUGAAGAAAUUCUUGAUAUUAACGAUGAUAUUAACUUAGAUAAGUUAAAUAAAUUUGAAUUUGUAGAAGUUCCCGAAAACUAUAUUGAAGAUAAAGUGAAUAAAUAA